GUUACUGUUGCCCGACAACACAAUCAGUGGGAAAAAAAAAAACUUGAGAUGAAAUGGUGGCGGGUUGGAAAUUGGGGGAGGAGAACCAUCCCCUUCUCAUUCUCAUUCUCAUUCUCCCAUAGAACCUUACGUUCAGAUGCAGCCUUGGAAGCCAUAGCUAAAGCUUCCGAAGAUAAAGUUCCCACCAUAGUUCUCUACAAUUACCCCUCCUUUUCCGGAGCAUUCUCCUCUCUCUUUGCUCACCUCUUCCACACUCGUCACAAUCUCCCUUCCCUUACUCUUCCUUUCUCUUCCGUUCCCUCCCUCGCUUUCACUGUUGAAGAUUUGUGCAUCCAAGGCCUUCAAACAUGCUAUCUCCUUGACUUUCUUCCUCCAAAGGAAUUCCUCUUCCAACUUUCCCAUCUUUCAAAUUGCAAGAUUAUUGGGUUUGAUCAUAGGAAAUCAGUGCUUACAAAUGUUCCUUCUGCAAAUGAGUUUCCUGAGAAUGUUAUGAUUAAUGUUGACCUUGAUAAGAGUAGCUCCAGAGCUGUUUAUGAAUACUUUACUAACAAAUGCAAGGAUAUUAAAACUUCUGAUAAGGGUGAGGUUUGGAGUUUGGUGGACUCAAAAGAUAAAGGCCGUGUGGAGAAUAUUCUUAGGUAUAUUGAGGAUGGGGAUCUUCGUCGGUGGAGUUUGCCUGAUAUUAAGCCUUUUAACAUAGGACUAGGUGAAUGGCGGUCGAGGUUUAGCUGCAUUUCAAACCCAUACAUGUUUAAGCAGUUGAUGGAAUUGAGUGUUGAAGAAUUAAUUGCUAAAGGAAAUUCAUCUAUUUCCUCUCGCUGGAAUGCUGCAAGUAAAUUGUUGGAAAGGGUUUUCAGGGUUCGGCUCGGUAGAGGAUUUUAUGGAGAGUGCCUGGGAGUUCGUGCUGAUGGGAACUCUAACUUAAGUGAUGAAAUUGGCAUGCUUCUUAGUGUAAAAAGCGCUGCUCUUGGUCUGAGGCCCAUAGGAGCUGUGAUAUUUUUGCAACGGAAUAAUCUCAAAAUGUGCUUGCGCAGCUCUGAUAGUGCUACCGAUACUUCGGAAGUUGCUAAGGCAUAUGGCGGAGGAGGUUCUGCAAGUUCGAGCUCCUUCAUAAUCAGGAUGGAUGAGUAUAACCAAUGGAUUUCAGCAAGUCCGUUAUGAUGGUUUCUGGAUUUGAGUAUCUAAUCUUGGCCGGCUGUCAUCCAAAUGAUAUCAUUUGAUAAAUUUACUAGCGGCCUUUAUUGAAACUAUGAUGGCUUGUGACAAUUGAUGUAAUAUAUCAAAUUUUGUGACAAAAAAGGGAUCUAUUGAGGCAGAGACAAAGGAUGUGAUGACUGUAGAACACUUGCAUUCCCCUGUCUGAUAUGAAGAAUGACAGUAGUGCUUUCGUGACAUAUGUGUAGACUGUUCUGAUAAUUGAUGCUGAUAUGAGUUGAGAACAAAGCAUUGAGGAGUAAACAAGCUACUGCUUAGGAGGUUGAUCUCAAGGACAACAAUGUUGAAGAAAAUGUAACAUUUCCAGUGUCUAUUUUCAGUGCUAACCUGAAAACGAACAUAUUUAAGUUGUAUUCAAUUAUUAAUUUAUGUGACUUUUAUCUUCAAUUAUUAAUAUUAUACUUGCAUCCUUAAUUC